AUGGCUUCGCCUCGCACCGACGGUUUGCCACCAAACUUCAUCCUUACCCCUCAACAGCAGAACCUGUUAUUCCGCGCUCUCACUUCGAAUCAGCCAACUGCUGCAUCGCCUCCGAGGAACCCUCUUUCACUGUCUCCUCAUUCCUUCACCGCGUCGCCGCAGCAAAAUGAUUCCAGCGCCGGCGAUUCAAAUGUUGUUCAGGAGAGCCCUUAUUUGGACUACGAUUAUGACUUCGAUCCCAAUGGUAACUUUGAUUUUGACUUAACCAACGACAACGUUGGCAAGAUGAUUGGAGAUCUGCCAAGUACUACGCACGGUAGCUCCAACGGCAGUUCCCCCGAGAAUGAUGGUGGCGAUAAGAGAAGCCAUCCCGACGAAGAUACGGAUGAUAAGGAGGAAGGCGGCGGGAAGCGGCGGGAGAGUGAGGGCAAAGUCCCUAAGAAACCCGGUCGCAAGCCGCUCACAAAUGAGCCAAGUUCCAAGAGGAAGGCUCAGAAUCGUGCUGCCCAGCGUGCUUUCCGUGAGCGCAAAGAACAACAUUUGAAGGAUCUGGAGACCAAAGUCAAGGAGCUUGAGAAGGCUUCUGAAAGCACCAAUAGCGAGAACAACCAACUGCGUGCUCAGGUGGAAAAGAUGACGAUGGAACUAAACGAAUACAAAAAGAGGUUGUUAAUGAUGAACAACUCCUCACGGCCCGCCCCAUUACCACGGAACCCGCCACGAUUUGGCCAAGGCCUCGUCAACAACCUGAACGACGUCAACUUCCACUUUGAGUUUCCCAAGUUUGGUAUGCUUCCAGGCCCACAAACUACGACCAACGCCAACAAAGAUCAUUCGUCCUUGCUUUUGUCAGCAACCAAUGUUACCCCGCACUCACAAUCGAGAUCGCCGGACAAAUCGAAAGAUCAGGCCAGCUCUGCAACCACGACGAAUCGUGAGAAUUCGGAUGCACAGAGAGACGCGCUUUCCAAGUUUUGUGGAAUGCUGAACAACUCGCCCUAUGACACUGCAAACAAUAAUGCGUCUAGAAGCAGUCUGGAUUCAACAUCUUGCAGCCUUGGAGGCGGCACAAACUCCGGGUCGCCCUCAUCUUCGUCCACGUCCAACGCUGGUCCCAGCUCAUCUUGCGGCACUUCACCCGAACCCUUCACUCAAUCACCAUUGGGUUCCAAACCCCUGGAUACGUUGACCACCAUUGGCGAAGAGCAGCUUGGUCUUAUAAUUGAUAACCCAAGUCAUUUUAGCGAGUUCGGCAAUGUAGACUUCACCAACUUUGAUUGGCUCACACAGCAAAACGGGGGCCAGUUCGAUCCCCAGCUUUUCGGGGAUUACCGUGAGCCACAGGAAAACAUUCUUUCCAAUAAUGCAUUUGACGACAGUUUCUUCAAUGAUGCCUUUGAUGCUGACUUCACCACUCCGUUCAACGUGGCGCCAACCCCGAAUUUGCCCAAGACGAAUCUUGUCGCCGAGAUCGAUGCGGCGAAGGAGAAUGACGAUACCAUCGUUGCUGGUGCUAACGGGAGACUUCUCACUUGUAACAACAUUUGGGAGAAAUUGCAAAACUGCCCCAAGGUCCAGACUGGUGACAUCGACCUCGACGGUCUCUGCUCUGAUCUGCAGAAGAAGGCCAAGUGUGGAGGCAGUGGUGCAGUGGUUGAUGAGAAGGACUUCAAGGCCGUGAUGACGAAGCACUUAGGAGAAUCAGCAAACCUUUGUACCGGCCCUUAA